UUCAAUUCUCUGCUUUCAUUUUAUUAUAAGUUUGAUCACAAAAGUAAAUAAAUUUGUUCAUCAAUCGAUUCUCAUUAAACUUUUCUUUCUAAUUUCCUCAAAGAAAAAAGAAAAAAAAAAAGAUGAAAUUUUUGCUUUAUCUAAUUGUUACGUUCUUUCUCCUCUUAAACGGUUUCUCAACCGCACACACUCUGAUUCGAGAUUCUUGCAAGAAAGCUGCAGCUAAAAACCCAAAGUUCAAAAACGAUAUAUGCGUCAAGUCUCUCGAGACGAACCCGCAGAGCAAAGCCGCAAAAGAUCUCGCCGGAUUAGUCGUGGCAUCGACCAAAAACGCAGCGUCCAAAGCGACUAGCCUGAAAGGAACCGUUGACAAGAUUCUCAAGGGGAAGAAAAUGAACAAGAUGAGUGAGAUGCCGUUACGUGACUGCCUCCAGCUUUACACCGAUGCUAUUGAUUCUUUAAACCAAGCUUUGGCUGGCAUGAAAUCACGCGAUUACAACACUGUUGUCACGGUUCUGAGUGCUGCAAUGGAUACACCAAGCACUUGUGAAACUGGAUUCAAAGAAAGAAAAACGCCACAGAAAUCUCCGGUUACCAAAGAUAACGAUACUUUGUAUCAGAUGAUUCUGAUUCCUUUAUCUUUUACAAAUAUGUUGAAAUGAAAUUACU